CUCACCACAACUUCUACCUUUAUUCAACACGAAGGUGUUGUUCACCACCACCACAACAAUAAUGGCUGACAUCAACAUCUAUCUCACGUUACUGACGGUCGCUAAUGUCAUCGUCUCGGCAGACUUCUAUCCUCACCAUAAUAACUACAUCUUCCAUCCGAAUUCCCAAGAUUUUCACCAGUUACGCUUCUCCCAGUUGAAAUCCAGCGACUCUUCCAGAGGUGGACAUCAAGGAUCCAGCGAACUCAAGAAACUUUUCCAUAUUUCCCCAGUGCCACUUUACUCUGUUUCUCCUAAGCCACUUUACCCUUCUUUCCCUGAGCCACUUUACCCUUCUGCCCCUGAACCACUUUACCCUUCUGCCCCUGAGCCACUUUACCCUUCUGCCCCUGAGCCACUUUACCCUUCUGCCCCUGAGCCACUUUACCCUUCUGCCCCUGAGCCACUUUACCCUUCUGCCCCUGAACCACUUUACCCUUCUUCCCCUGAACCACUUUACCCUUCUUCCCCUGAACCACUUUACCGUUCUUCCCCUGAACCACUUUACCCUUCUGCCCCUGAGCCACUUAACUCUGCAACGCUGGAAGUAAAUGAGAAGGAUGUUCCACAGGAAGUUACUUCACUUAUUAAUAUAAAGACGCUAAUUCCUGACUUGAAGUCACUAAUUCUUGAGUUCACACAAUUAAUGGACUCUGACCUUGAUUUCAAUACGCUGCUUCCUGAGUUAAAGAGUUUAUUCAUCGGAUCCAAGCCAGAGUUGAAGAGGAUUUUUAAGACACUUCUCAUCAAGUCAAAGCCUGAGUUGAAGGCACUGUUUUAUGAACUGAAGACGUUUCUUAUCGAAUUCAAGCCUGAGAUUAAGGCAUUAUUAUCUAAUAUUAAGAAAGUAUUCAUUGAAUUCAAACCAGAGCUGAGGAAACUACUCAUCAACUACAAACCUGAUUUUAAGAGUUUGUUGACUGAGAUGAAGAGGCUACUCAUGGACUCCAGGGCCGAGGUAAAAACAUACCUUUCCGAAUUGAAGGCAGUUCUUCCAGCUCUGGUACAAUUUUUUCCAGAGAUUCGACCACUACUCCCCGAGCUGCGUGUGCUUCUUCUUGAAUUGAGAGUGUUGGUCCCCGAGUUGAGGGCGUUGGUCCCUGCGUUGAGGACAUUGGUGCCCGAAAUGAGAGCACUGGUUCCUGAGUUGAGGGCACUCCUACCCGAAUUGAGAGCGUUGAUUCCUGAGUUGAGGACACUCCUUCCUGAAUUGAGAGCGUUAUUUCGUGAGCUGAGGGCGUUGGUUUCUGAGUUGAAAAGACAAUAUUUCCAGCCUAAGUCCGAGUUAAAAACAGUGCUUGUUGAACUAAAGAAAUUAUUUAUCUAUUCAAAGUCCGAAUUAUCUCCACUUAUUUUUGAACUAAAGAAACUGUUCUUAGAAUCCAAGACUGCACUGGCGCCUCUGUUAUAUGAUUUAAAUCCUUUAUUCCACGAAGUGAAGCCACUGCUCCGUGAUAUCAAACAUUUACUGAUGGAUGUGUAACCACAAUUCCUGUUGAAGGUCAUAUUGUAACGAAUAAGGAAUACCUAUUGAAGGUCGUAUAAGAACUGAGCAAUAGGUAACCAGCAUCUACCUUAAUUUUUCUUUUUUUUCUUCUUGUUCCUGCUUGAUUAAGGCAGAUGCUGAGUACCUUCUGCUCAGUUGAUUAAUAAAUGAUGCUGCCUUUAAGGUAUUUUCAACAAGAUCCUACUCAGCUGUCUUAUAAAAAACAUCAAACCUUUAAUUCCAAUGUAUACUUUGUUAAUAAAGUCGUGAAAUAAAUUUGAAAUUGUUUUAUGAGAAUGAUGCUUCAAGAAAUAGUAUGUAUGUGUGUGACAUAUAACCACUGAGUGUAACCGCACUACACUCUGUUAACACCCACUGGUGAGUUUUAGAGUAGGUACUAAAACAAAAUUUAUUAACGUGGGAGCCAGCUACUCCAGAACCUCCUAGAGUACUUCCAGCUGCUUGUAGGCACUAAAACAAGAUUAACGUUGGAGCCAGCUACUCCAGAACCUCCCAGAGUACUUCCAGCUGCUUGUAGGCACUAAAACAAGAUUAACGUGGAAGCCAGCUACUCCAGAACCUCCCAGAGUGCUUCCAGCUGCUUGUAGGCACUAAAACAAGAUUAACGUGGGAGUCAGCUACUCCAGAACCUCCCAGAAUACUUCCAGUUGCUUGUAGGCACUAAAACGUGGGAGCCAGCUACUCCAGAAUCUCCCAGAGUGCUUCCAGCUGCUUCAGCGUCUGAGUACAAGCUGAAUUGCAGAUCAAGCAAGUACAGUGCCUUCCCUCAGUGAGCUACUUGACCAACAAAUCACAACUUAGGAAAAUCUGAAUCAAGAGUCAGCUAAUCACAAUUGGCAUGACUCACCUUCCCCCAGUAUUAAGUUUCAGGAGAGGCUGUAGAUACAUAGAAAGACACACACACAUAUAUGAGAAUAA